UAAAAUUAAACAAAAAGAAAAAAGAAAAAAAACAAGAUUAUAAAUUGCAGACUUCUUGGGUAACAAAUACUGUAAUUCUGAAAAUGGAGAUCAAAACCUUCUACUACCUCUUUUCCUAUAUUUUGGUACUCACCAUUUCAACCUCACCAACUCACUCAGCGUACUACACCAAAAGCACAACGUACACGCCGGUUCAGCUGAAGAAAACGCAUCUCCGGUUUUUCUUUCAUGACAACCUAGGCGGACCGGACCCGACCGCGGUUCAAAUCGCAGGUCAGCGAGAUGCAAACAAUCCUAUACCGUUCGGAGCCCUGUUCGCUAUCGACGAUCCUCUGACGGAGGGGCCGGAGCUGACGUCGAGGGCCGUCGGAAACGCUCGAGGUAUGUAUCUGUCCUCGAGCCGGGGCGAUGACGUGGCGUUGGUCUUGUACGUUGAUCUCGGUUUCACAGCGGGAAAGUUCAACGGGAGCUCGCUGAGCGUGUUUUCGAGGAAUCCGGUGGCGGAGAGGCGCCGUGAGAUGGCGGUGGUCGGCGGCAGAGGGCUGUUUAGGAGGGCGGAGGGGACGGUUUUUGUUACCACUCAUUUUGUGAAUUUUACUUAUGCGCUUCUUGAAUAUAACGUUGAAGUUGUUCAUCCUUAG